AUGUCUCCGCCGGCAAAGAAGAGGAAGACCACUGUUACGACGACAAAGAAGAAUAAGCCAAAGCCGAUGAGGCCGACGCCGGAAUCGUCACCGAUUCUGUGGCUUCCCGAUGAUUUGCUAUUGAACUGCAUCGCACGCGUGUCAAGGCUGUACUAUCCGACACUCUCCCUGGUCUCCAAGAGCUUUCGAUCACUCGUUGCUUCACCGGAGCUAUACAAGGUCCGGUCACUCUUGGGCCGCACCGAGAGUUGUCUCUACGUUUGCGUAUGGUGCGGUUCUAAGUAUCGGUGGUUCACCCUAUGCCGGAAACCUGAUAAAACCCUAACAAAAGAAGAAGACAGCAGUAAGAAGAAGUCAAGUGGGUAUGUUUUGGCUAGAGCCUCAAUCCCAACUUCUAGUUAUGCCAUGUUUUGGUCUUUCGUGGCGGUUGGCUCUAACAUCUACAACAUUGACACCUCCAGCGCCAUGGACUGCAGUACCACAUCCACUGGACCCGUCAGCGUCUCCAUCCUCGAUUGCCGAUCUCACACGUGGCGCAAGUCUUGUUCAAUCUUUCAAGUGAAGCGAAAGUCAUUUUCUACUAGCGCCCUUGAUGGGAAGAUCUAUGUGGCGGGAUUUUGCAAUGACGACGGCUCCUAUAAGAACUCGGUGGAGGUCUUUCACACAAAAACACAGACUUGCGAUCCUGUGCCCUUCCCUUUCGGCUUUGAAAAUGGGAGAAUAUACAAGCAAACCUUAUGUAUCAACGGCAAGUUCCAUGUGGUGCUUCUCGACCGAAGGGUGCUCGCUUACGAUUCGGAACAAGGUAGAUGGGACGAGGUGCUUUAUCCGGGGAUGAAUCAGUAUAUGGGAUGGUACUCAGACUCUCAUUGCGAGAUAGACAGUGUUUUGUAUUCUGCUGCUGAUGGAGCCAUCAGAUGGUAUGACACUGAGGGAAGAAUGUGGAGAGAGCUGAUGGGUUUGGCGGGACUACCUGAGUUACCUGAUAGUAGUCGUGUGAGAUUGGCUGAUUAUGGUGGCAAGAUGGCUGUUUUUUGGGAACACAAGUCCCUUCUUGACUCUCUUGAAAGGCGCCAACCUUGUCAAAUUUGGGGGAAAGUUGAGUGGUUUGAUCAUGUGCUCACAUCCUAUCAUCAUGACAUUGUCAAGGUUGUGGCUGCCACUCUUUGA